UAUAUGUACAAACAUAUACAAAUAUGCAUGUAACAACAAUUGAUGCAAAAAGGCCAUGAAUUUGAAAGAGAGCAAUGAGAAGUAUAUGUGAGAGUUUGGAGGGAGGAAAGGGAAGGGGGGAAAUGAUGUAAUUGUACUAUAAUCUCAAAAAGAAAAGAAAAACAAUCUGAUAAACCUCUUUGCUCUGUGGAAAAUGAACCGUGAAUGCAAAAGUAGAUGUGGCAAUGCUAUCACUCAUUCAUCUCGCAAAUAUUUAUCCGGUGUUUUCUAUAUCCAAAGCCCGCAGCUGCAUGGUAUGUCACAUUAAAUAAAACAACGCUCUUGCUUUGUCCUAGUGAAGGAGCCAAGACAUGAAGAAACAGAUAUGCAAGGCCAGGAGGUGAGACAGGGGGGAAACUGGAGGUGCUGUUUUCCACGAACUACUGAGGUAAUGCUGCUGUAUCUGUCUGGGGGCAUCCGAGUCGGGACCUAAAUCAGCAAGGCCAAUAUGGCUGGGAAAGACAUUGGAGAGGCAGCUGUUACUCAUUUCCCCAGGGAAGGCCUUUUUCCUAAGUAUGCUGAGAAGUCAUUGGAGGGUUUGGAUGGGCAGCAUAGCACCUGUGACUUAUAAAUGGUUCUCUGGCUUCUACCUGGAGAAAUCACCAUGAAGGGGCAAAAGUAGAGGCAAGGAAGCCAAACCAUGAAGUUAUUGGUCAGUCGAGAUAAAGAUGGCUCAGAUCACGGCAAGGGCAGUGGAAACAGAGAAAUGUCCGCAGCUGCAGGGAAGCCAGCAGGUAGAAUGGCUGAGGUUUGCUGCCACUCUCCUUUAAGGAUGGGACAAAGGGAGCUCUAAAGACCGACUCCAGGAUUUGUCAAGACCUGCAGCCCAGAAACAGGAGCAGGUGUGGUGAAUCAGGGAGGUCACAACUUUAUGUUUAGGAUCUAGGGGUGUGUCCUGAGGGAGUCAGACACAAUGACUUGAUCCUGGAACUGAGAGGUACUGUCUGUCCUGGAAAAUUAAUGAUGGUGUAAUUCAGAUGAACAGCCCAAGGACAGGUCAACCACUCUUCUCAAGUGAGAAAAGAGCCAGUACCUCCCACAGGCAGCUGCUGAAGACCAGGGUUGCAGGAUGUUUGCUCUGUUGAUGCUGGGGAUGGUGUUUCUGUCCUCCCCAUAUCGGGGUAAGUCCUGGUGAUAAGGAGGCAGCUGGUGGCUGCUUAAGAAGUGACUAGAUGCUGGGAAAGGAGGGGUUUCCAAAACUGGCUGUGGGGCUGUGGAGGUCUGGGAGAUUGUGACAAUGGAGACCGCCUUUCUUUCUCUUUGUAGGUGACCUUCAUGAACUUGAAGGUAUGACCGUGGCUGGUGUAAAGGUUUUGGUAAACCGUUCAUUUGUGACAUGUUUAGGAGUAAACUUCCCUUCAAUUUACUAUGGAAUCCGUAGAGUUCAGUCUUCUCCCGGCAUACUUCCUCUAUUUCUAUUAGUAAGGAAGUGAAAAUACCUUUGCUUCCUUUUACCCAUUACUGACAGAAUAUUCAGUUUAGACAAGAUGUUUAUUACUUGAACCCUAUGGGUAAAUUCUACAGGAACCCUGACUUCCUCAAAUGGUAUACAUUUGUUUUAUGUCUAUAAGCUUCUGUCUCACAUUCCCAGCACUUGGGAGACAAAGGCAGGUGGAUGUCUGUACGUUCAAGGCCAGUCUAGACUGCAUGAAGAGUUUCAGGACAGCCAGGGCUACAUAGAGAGACCUUGCCUCAAACAAAACAAAACAUUUCUCUCUCUCAUAAUUAUUAUAGGAGUCCUAUUUGGGCAAGGUUAGAACUAAUGGAUUAAUAGUUAACUCCCCACAGAGAAGGAUCUAAUUGCAAAAAUUUUCUCAGAGACCACAAUCACUAAGUACUUCUUUCUGUAUCUCAAAGAUCUUGGAACAAUGUGCUAUAAAUGUAACAAAUAUCAUCUUGGGUUAUGCUAUGAAGUCAUGAGUUCCUGCACACUGAAGCAUAGACAGUCCUGUGCUGCUGAGAACAUUUACGUACUCACAAGGAAAGGGCAGAGUAUGUAUCAUUAUUCGAGACUGUCAUGUAUGACCAACUGUGAGGACAUCAACUUCCUGAGUUUUGAAAAGAGGACAGAGCUUAUCUGUUGCAAACAUAGUAACUAUUGCAACCUCCCCAUGGGACCCUAGUUCUGAAUUUCCUGUGGAUUUGUGGUCAUUCUUCAACUUCCUACCCGCUCCCUUUCCCCCAAAGUCUGUAUUUGCUCUCCUCUCCUAACUAAUGGUAAGUGAGAAAGUCAUCUGGCACUGAAAAGGGAAGUAGUCAUGGGAGAAAUUGGGCUGGAAGCUCAUCAUCAUUGCCAAGUGAAUCUUUGCAAAUUCUUGUUCUCACAUCUGGCAGGGCACUUUGGUUCACUGACAAUGCUGCUUGUUGUGAGUAUGCUCAGAAUUAGUGAUCUCCUAUAUGAAAACAUAAAGUCUUGGGUCAAAAUCAAAUCCCCACUUUGUACAGGAAAACCUGUGAGUAUGCUGUCUUGGUCUGUACCAAGUCCUCUGAGUUGGGGUUCUCUUUGGACUAGCUCUGAGACUUCCUGGCUCAGUACUUUUGACCCAUGGAUUCUGGAGAUAGGGAAGGAGUGGGCCCUGCUUCCCAGUUUGCUGAUGUUCUGAGACAAAUUUUUGUCUAGUAGAUUUCAUGGGGGAAAUCUCCAGUGAGAAAAACCUAAACAAACAGAAAGAUUAAACAACAAAACUUUAGGAAUCUGUGGACGUUGUCAUUGAUGCAGAAGCAGUUUAGUGUGUGUGGAUCUGGUUUGUAUUAUCAAGGCUCUGGGUUGAACCAGGUGAUUGGAUUAGGGAUUGAGGUCUUGUUCAAAAUUGAAUACUCAAUUUCUUCUGAUGGGAAUGAAGGAAAAAGUGGAAAUGGGUUUCUAUCAUAGUUAAAGGUAACAGAAUCUGCAGAUAGCAUGAGGUACCACUCUAGUGUCCUUUCUGUUGCUGGGAUAAAACAUCCUGACCCAAACUAACUGAGGAUAGGAAAGGGCUUGUCUGGCUUAUACUUCCAAAUCUUAGUCCAACACGGAGGGAAGUCAGGGCAGGAACUCGAGCCAGGAGCCUGGAGGCAGGAACCAUAGGAGUACAAUGCUUGAUAGCUCAUCUGCAGGCUUAUGCUUAGCUAGCUGUCUCAUACAAUACAAGACCACUUGCCUAGGAAUGAUACCACCCACAGUGGUCUGGGCUCUCUUAUGUCAAUAAGAAUAAUCAAGAUUGUCCCCCACAGACAUGUCCACAAGGCAAUCUGAUCUAGCAAUUUCUUUUUUUUUUUUUUUGGUUUUUCGAGACAGGGUUUCUCUGUGCAGCUUUGCGCCUUUCCUGGGACUCACUUGGUAGCCCAGGCUGGCCUCGAACUCACAGAGAUCCGUCUGGCUCUGCCUCCCGAGUGCUGGGAUUAAAGGCGUGCGCCACCACCGCCCGGUGCAAUUUCUUAAUUGAUUGUGCUAAGCUGACAAAGUUAACUAGGACAUGGUUUUUGGGUAAUAAUGUAUGCCACCGUAAGACAGAGUUAUGAGUAACAGAAAGAAUGAAAGAGUAGAAGUUAACACCAGUAAGAGGAGAAAUAUGCAGACAGCAUAUGCAUCAAGCACCAAGGUAUAAACAAAACCAGAGUAGCACAGACACUGGAGCAUCACACGAGGGGCCAAGGUGGACAGAGGGUAACCAAGUUUCUCUGGUUAGGAAGCCUACUGCAAUCCCCGCUCCUGGAUUCCUGUGAGCCUUCUCAACUAUAUUAUGCCACAACAAAUCCUCCAAUGAACAAAUUGUUCUACUUGAGGAAUUAAAUGAACUUUCUCUCCUUGUCUUGUGUCGGAGAAUGUAGUUGUUAUUUUUGGGGAAUUCCCAAUUUGAACUUUAUAGUCAAGGAUGGAUAAAAAAACACACAAAACAAAAACCACAAAACAAAUAAACACCCAUCCUAACCAAUCCCAAACCCCCAAAUCAAACCAAACCAGAAACCGUGGAAAUAGUUUUUCAGAAUAGACAAGCAGGUUGGAAAAGCCAAUGUAAUGUGGGAGUUUGAGUUUAUGUCAUGGAAUUUUGAUGUAUCUGGACUCUUUUAACCCUUAACUCACGAGGAUUGUAGAGGUCAAUGCAGGAAAAAAGAAUGUUAUUUGGCAGUGGGUUUCAAAAUUACCUUUAAAAAGAUCCCGAACCAAUGUUUAACAAAGCCAAAUUUGGAUUUUGCUGAGCAUGAAGAGUUGUAAGCUUGUUCUGUGCUUCAUGAACAGAUAUCAGGAAUAGGAGCCUCACAGCACUGGGUUUUUAUGCAGACAUGGGUGGUUUUGGUGCUGCGCAGACUCUGUCCUGGUCAAUGUACCCAGUUGCAUGGAUCUUUGACUUUUGAGAGCUCAGUGGCUUACUUAUCUAUAAAUUUUCUCUCUGUCAAAUGGGAUUCGCUUUGUCCACUUGCUAAACUCUCAACCAAUGAGUGUCUAGAGUAUUGGACCAAGGUAUGGAUAAGUCUGUGGUAUAAUUUAUGCCAAGCACAUUUUAUAAAUGGGACAAGUCUAAAGCUAGUCUGUAACUGAGACCACAUUUUUAUUAACGUUUUCCUCCUUCACUUCUUUGCUCCAUUUUUCUCUAAGUUUUAGAGGGGUGGCAUGACGAACACUAAGCAAGUACUCACUGAGCUACCCCCAACCCUAUUCUCUCUCUAAGUUUUAAGUUGGGAAACAACCCCAACAUUGGGAAUAGAGCUCUCAAACACGAUGAGCCAGGUUGGAAAAUGAAGUUUGUUUUGUUUCUCUUGAGAAACAGGGUGCAGGGUCUGAGGACAUUACUCAUGAAAGAGGAGACUCUUGGAUGUAGGAUUCCUCACAACCUGGAUGAAACUGUCCUCAUCCUUGAGGAUGUUUUCUUUUACGUCACCCACCAUGGGAUAUUCUCCCCAGUUCUAGUGUGCAAUUUGGGCAAAAGAACAGGGUAAAACCUGGCUGAAAAUCUCUUUCCCCAAAUGAUGCCACACCAAGCAUCUUCUUUAUUUGGCAGAUGCUCCUCUUUCAUGUGUUAGAGUAAUUACACAGGGAUUAUUUUACAGAUAUC